UAGAAGUAGAUAGCACCCUGUCAGUGUGUGCUCUGAUUUGCAGCAUAUAACGUUAACGCAUGUAGUGAUAAUUUUUUCAGAAGGAAACUCCGCUGCUGUCAUGAAAGAAUUAAAUAAUGCUGCAACAUUUGCCGCAUGCACGAUCUACACCUACAUAAUAGUGUUAGAAAGAGGAACAAUUUUGAAAUUGAUAACCCAAAUGGACAAUGAAGAGUAUCAUAAUAAUGAAGAAUAUAAACCUGUGAAAAUCUACAUCGAGAACUUGAGCAAGUUCUACCUCUACUCAAUUCAAUGCUCCAUCCUGGUAUGGUUCACAGAUAGGGUAGUUUGGACUGGCCGGUGUCUCUCCCGGAAGGCCGAAGAAGGAAAUUCUACAAUUGUUUGCGCCAACAUCCUUUGCGCCUGGUUGCCAAAACAAAUGGAUUCUCCAGUGAUUGAUGGGUGCAUAUUGGCAUUCUCUAUAUACUCUUACUACUAUAUGGCUCACGUGGUCACUGUUUCCUGCGUUCACAUAGGAUGCACCUACAUUGCAGUGGCUAGAAUUCAACGACUAAUAAGAAUAUUAGGAGACAUUGAUUUUGUUGGAAAGGAUAUACAGCUAACCAGACAUAGACUUUCACAAAGCAUAGAAUUCUACAACGAAACUCAUGAAUUGGUACAACUGAUAAACCACUACGUCAAGGUUAAACUCAAUCCUUUGCUAUGCUACUUCAUGAUGUUUUUGAUUGCUAUACUUUGCCAUAAAAUUAUUGAGGAUUUUGAUCUCUUAUUAUUAGCGGUAAUGAUGGUGUGGUUUAUAAGUAACAUUUUUAUUGCCCUUCGUGGUCAGGAUUUGGAAAAUAUGGCAAGUAUUCAGUAACAAUGUAAAACUUUGAAGAUUUGCGGAUGAAUUAUGUUCUUUUUGUAGUGUGAAGCAUUAAAUAACUUCAUUUAUGGUUUACCGUGGUAUGAGAUGCACCCUUCACUGAUCAAAGAUUUCCAAUUAUUUUUUGCUCGUACCCAGAAACCUUUCGAAAUAUCUGUUCCCAUGAAUUUGAAGAUAAAUAUGACUUAUAUACAUAAGUUUAUAAAAUUCGCUUACACAACGUUCAUGUACCUCACAAGGAUCCAAAAAGAAUAAUGUAUGGGUUUGGAAAAUAAAAGUACGAUCACACUACAAAGUAAAAUACCUUCACAGCACUGGGAAAGAUUGAUUUAUUGAUCACCAAAAUUGACUCACCCAUAUCUUCUCUAUUUAAUGAAACCGAGAAUAAAACUUUUCAGGUCUAGUUGACUGUUGUUAAUCCUUCAAAUGUUUAUUGAUGUAUUAGUAUUAACAUAUACAUGAAUAUCAGCUAAUGAAGAUGUAAUAUUAAUUGAUAACAUUGACCUAAUCGACUUC